AAAUAAAUACAUUAACAAGUUGUCCAUAAUUGGAAAUCAAGUUAUCCACUCCGGUGUAAGUGCAAAAAAAACUUCACCAAGUUGCCAGUGGUGAUGAUCUGUAGAGAUGUUUUUAAUCCUUCUCUUAUCACACUGAAGCUAAAUCCUGGGGUGGCUCGCCAGCUCAAAUUAAGCAAUCCUUGUUCUCUUAAUUCAUCAUCAAAAAAAACCUGACCUGUGUAUACAGACAGUUCAAUAUGUAUCCCUCAAAAUCAUCUUUACACUGUAAUAAAUUACAAAUACAUCACCGAUGACCUGAAGUCACAUAUCGUCUACAUUUCACAAAUCUAGCAGUUUCACAUCACACUUAUGAAAAAUAACAAUAACAUUCAAAUUAUCAUUGAAUUACAAAGAAAUAAAACAGUGGUACAAAGAACUCACCAAGUCAAUCAACCAACUAUCAGUUAAACAUCAACUCCGUGUUGUUUUGUGUUCUCUCGAGGAUCUCUCUAAUCCACUAACAUCCGCUUCAAAAUUCGACAGUCGUUAACCUAAAGCAAUCCAUUGCGCUUAAAUGAAGGUUUAUUACACAAUAUACUUCGGAAUUAAUAACUGUUAAUAAUUCACCUUUUUUUCGCAAUUAAUCACCUACACGCCCGUGAUUUACACGGCACGUCCUUUUUUUCCCACACACUUCCGCCUCCACCCAUACAAAUUGUUGUUUUACAAAUUCAAAUUUUUUCCAUAAUUAAAUUAAACUAAUUGAACUUUAAUUAAACUGGUUCCUCAAUUUAUUUAUUUAUUUUUUAUUAUCCCUUUUAUUCUAUCAUGGUUAUUUCCCUUCUUUUAACCUGGGUUACAUAAUGGUAUUCAAGGUAGUCAUUAAAGGAUAAAGGUACAGAUUACUACGAGUGAAAAAAAUAAUAAUAGAUGUUACAUUUAUGCACUUAACACUCUGAUACUGUUUCCAGAUUCUUGGUGCGUAACACAACUCGGACAAAGAGACAGGGAUUCAACCGGCAAUCAGCAAGAGAGCAGAAUUACAUGUACAUGGAGACAACAGAUAAUGAAUCUCUAGACCUGCAGCAAGCAGUUAGCAUAAAAGAACCAGAUCAUUCCUAUGGUUCAAGACAAAAUGGAAGGAGGAUACAAAAUAAUCAAGAAGAAGGAGUGGAGAAGAAAAACUUGCAUGAAAUGACAGAAAAGAACAGAAGACUUGAGAGACAGUUAAAGGAGGUGAAUACACAGUUGAGUGAAAAGGAAGAGAAAAACAGAAGACUUGAGAGACAGUUAAAGGAGGUGAAUAUACAGCUGACUGAAAAGGAAGAGAAAAACAGUAAACUUGAUGGACAGUUAAAGGAGGUGAAUAUACAGCUGACCGAAAAGGAAGAGAAAAACAGAAGACUUGAGAGAUUGUUAGAGGAAGCAAAUCAUAACCACAGGAAAUUGAAGAAAAACAUUCAUUCUCUCAUUUGGCUGACUUCUGUGUUGGUUCUGGUUCCACUGGGUAUUGGAUUGCACUUCCCUUUCAAAGAACAUGAGGUGAAUCAUCCUGAGCUUCGACUGAUGUUAGUGGGGAAAACUGGAGCAGGAAAGAGUGCAUCAGGAAACACCAUCCUGCGUGAAGAGGCCUUCAGAGUCGAGGCGUCUCCUGCGUCUGUGACCGCAAACUGUAAAGUGAAGAACAAAAUCCUCAAUGGAAAAAACAUCACCAUAAUUGACACUCCUGGUGUCAUGGACACGUGGCUAAUAUCGAACCAAAAGGCCCAGGAUGCACAUGAUUGUAUCUCCAUGUUUUCUCCCAAACCUCAUGUGUUCCUGUUGGUUAUCAGUCUGGGAAGAUUCACGGGGGAGGAAAACAACGCUGUGAAGUGGAUUCAGGAGAACUUUGGAGAAGAAGCUCUGGAUUUCACCAUGAUUCUGUUCACUGGUGGAGAUCUGCUGGAAGGGAAGCCAGUGGAGAAGUUUAUCAGUAAUAGUUAUGAUCUCCAGAAUCUUGUAGACACCUGCAAAGGUAGAUAUCAUGUUUUUAACAACUAUAAUCAAAGUAACCACAAACAAGUCACAGAGUUGUUGGAAAAGAUCAAUUUAAUGCUACACUUGAACAUGGGUUACUUUUACACACAAGAGCGGAGUGACUAUAAGAGCAAAGAGAUGGAAAUCAGACAGGAAGAGGAAUUUAAGAGGAAAACUAUGGAAGAAACAAUGCAAAUGGAGGAGAGGAGGAAGAUGAAUAAGAUGGCAAUGAAACUGAGAGAUGAGCAGUACGAGAACAAAAAUAUGAAGGCAGAGUUAAAAGAUGCAUAUCAGACAUCUUUCUGGUUCAAAGUCUCAACUGGCUUGCUCAUACUAAUACUGAUCAUUGUGGUUUGUGCAAAGAAAUAAACUAGCUGAAGCUGAUUUUCACAACUAACUGUAACUUUUGAAUAAUCUUUAAAACUUACAGCAAAUUGAAGUUAAACUCAUUUUCCAUUUUUCCAGGUUUUUCUGUUUUUUCAAAAAUCUUGUUUAUGUUCUUACUUACGUUGGUCUUACAAAUGAUAAUAAUGAUUUGCAGUAUACAUGUGUGUAAAGCUUUGCCUGUUGUGUUGGAGUGUUUUCCCAGUUGUGUUAGACUGGCUAUAUGCAGAUAAAUUCACUAGAAAUGGACUAAAAAUCUAAAAAUCAGAGCUGAUUCACCUGAUAUCAGACAUGUCUGAAACUAUUAAUUCGUUCAAAACACAGAAGUGUACAGUCAGCUCCAGAUUGGCACCCAUUAAAAGACAUGACAAAAAUGUUAAUUAUUACAAUCAAUGAGGCAGUGAGAGCUGUGUUAGAGCCCACCUCUUGCAAACCAGACAUGGGCCACCAAAGGGCCAUCAUUCUUUGUGGUAUGUGGCCCAAGUGUAAGUGCAUUGUGUGGGCCAGGUCUGGGCCAGACCUGUUUUGCUAUCUGGGUUUUAAAUACCGCUGUCUGGAUUAAGUUAGGAAGAUUAUUUCACCACUCUGGGACAAUCAGAUUUAUGGUUCUGGACAGGGACCUUAUGCUUUACUGAAUAUUUUCUACCAGGUGUCAGGCGUUAACCACUGAUUCAAGAUUCAAGAAGCUUUUAUUGUCAUUUCAACCACAUAUAGCUGACGCAGUACAUAGUGAAAUUAAACAACGUUUCUCCAGGACCUGGUGCUACAUAAACAUAGAACAUAAAGCUAGGACCAAAAGUUCGUCCAAGCCACAUAAAGUGUAAGUGUGCAGCUAGGUGCAAAGAAAGCAACAACAAGACAGUGCAAAAAUAAUAAAUACAAAAAAAGACAACACAAAAACACAGCACACUUAGCACUGAAAAAAAGAGAAAAAGAAUGUGCAAUGAAAUGUAAAUGAAAUGUAAUAAAAUGAGAUGAUGAUGAUACCAGGCUACAGGUGGGAACAUAUACCUCAGGAAGAGUGUUGAGGUGGUGGUGGUGCUGGUCCAGACAAGGUCUUGUACACGUACA